AUGAUUCCCCAUAGGAGUACGGGUCUUUUGGCGAUCAUCGUUUUUGUUGCGCUUCUUCUCUUUAUCUUCUCAUCCUCACCUAUCCCUGAACCAACCAUCGAAGGCGAGGAAAACCCCCCAACGCCAGCGAAAUUGCCUCUACCGAAGCUUCCUCACCUCAGCGAUAUACAUCUUCCGUCUUUACGCCCUCCUUCACACGAACCACCUCCAGAGCAGAAAAAUAGCACUAGUGGCGAGUCAAAAUGGUUUAGCAAUUGGGAAUGGCGAAACCCAUUUUCGUCCGCUAUCACUCUCGAUGAAAACAGAUCUGUUCUACCUCCAUUGCCCGAUCGUCGACCCAUCUACACAUAUUACAACCCGAAAUACAACCCUAAGAAGUUUGGCGGCAAUGAGCUAAAGGAGGCGAAGAACGCCGAUGGCCAACUCCUUUUGGCCUGGCGACGAGCUUGGUAUGCGCAGGGCUUUAAACCAGUGGUUUUGACGCCCGGUGAUGCGAUGAAAAAUCCACACUACCAAUUGGUGCAAACACUUAAUCUCAACCCAGACAUGGAAAACGAGGUAUUUCGUUGGCUGGCGUGGGGUCACAUGGGAUCAGGCUUGCUCGCCGAUUUUGAGUGUUUCCCUAUGGCACGCUACGAUGAUGCUCUCUUGGUAGCUCUUCGAAGAGGCACCGACCCGGAGUUUAUCACCCGAUUUGAAAACUUCCAAGGAGGUCUUUUCUCGGCAGAGAAGCAUCGCAUUGAUGAUGCGAUUGAUGUAUCGGUCAAAAAGCUGAGCGAUCAAUCUGCGUCACUUGUAGAUCUUAUGCCGGCCGAGAUCUUCAGGAUUGAGAAGCCGAAUGCCCUGGCUUACUAUCGAUCAUCCGCAAUCAGUUCUCACUAUCCCACUCUGCAGGAAAAGAUCGGCAAAAAGCCUUUGAACGGCCCCAGUGGUCGAUUGCUUCUCGUGCAGUUGAUUAACUCCCACCUUCAUAAUACUUUUCAAACCUCUUUCCCGGCCGGCCUGGCCGUACUGAAGCCUUUCCCUCAGCACACUACUGCCCUGGUCGAACCCGCGCUGCGGCUAGCAAAGUCGCUCAUUGAAUGCCCCGAGUCUCCGGUCCCCAAUUCCUGCCCACCUAACCACCCUGAGUGCCGCCCCUGUGGUUCUGCAAAACAACCUAUGCGGAUAAGCCAGCCAUCCAGCUACAAGACAACCCCAUUCCUAUUCACUAUCGGCACGCUCCCGCACCCCUACACUCUUAUUAGUCUGCAGAAGAGCUCUGAUAAUAUCACCGCGCGGUCAAUUCGUCGAGAGACUGCACGGGAUCCAUGGUUAAUUGAUGUUACCGCAGAGGAUCUUGGACCCGAAACUCAAUAUCGCGGCACCGGGUUAGCAGUUGGCAGUUCCUACCGGGCAAUGACAUUCAAACAAGUCGUCGCCGGAGACCAAGGCAGGGCCAACUCACUUUGGAUGACUGUUGAGUCUUUAUCUGCGGAAGCUGGCCAAAGCCUCCCAGCCGACCUCUUAGAUGAGUUUGAGUGGGAAUUUGGGUUCACUAUCCCGCGUGGAGGUGCUAUCGAUCCAAACACGGCUGGAGACAAGGAGAGUGUACAGAACAAGAACCCCAGCCAAGAAGGAGUUGGCCGAGAGUAUGAGCUCAUCCAAAAAGCCCGAGUCCUUCAGGCAGAGGGGGACAGUAUAACAAACGUCGCCGAAGCCUGGAACCUUGCUGAUGCUGAGGUCUGGCGCUUUGUGAAAGCGUAUAGGGCUCGCAGUGUGAUUGAGCGCAAGAAGUGGGAAGAAGAAGAGAAGCAAUUUGCUGGUGCCUCGCAUCAGUGA